CUAGGCGUCCAGGCGCCUGCGCAGAACCAGACAGCAGCUGCGCGUUCUAAGUGGGUGCUGUGAUCGCGAAAGGGGAUGGAGCUCGGGAGCGGUCAGGAGGCGGCGCAGGAAGAGGCCGAGCCCGAGGCAAAGAGGCGGCGGUUGCUGUGCGUGGAGUUCGCCUCGGUGGCGAGCUGCGACGCGGCGGUGGCGCAGGGCUACCUGGCCGAGAACAAUUGGGAGAUGGAAAGAGCGUUGAACUCCUACUUCGAGCCGGCCGCGGAGGGCAACGCCGUGGGAAGCCGACCCGGUCCGCCCGCGGAGCCCGGGCGCUGUGUUGACCUUACUAAUGAAGAAACAACUCAUAGCACGAGUUCUAAAAUUUGCUCAUCUGAAAACACUCAGCAAGAAGAUGGCAGCAUGUUCUCUUUCAUCACGUGGAACAUUGAUGGACUGGAUCUAAAUAAUCUACAAGAGAGGGCCCGAGGAGUGUGUUCCUAUUUAGCUUUGUACAGCCCAGAUGUGGUAUUUCUACAGGAAGUUAUUCCGCCCUAUUGUAGCUACCUAAAGAAGAGAGCAAGUAGUUAUGAGAUUAUUACAGGUCAUGAAGAAGGAUAUUUCACAGCUAUAAUGUUGAAGAAAUCAAGAGUGAAAUUAAAAAGCCAAGAGAUCAUUCCUUUUCCAAGCUCCAAAAUGAUGAGGAACCUUUUGUGUGUGCAUGUGAGUUUGUCUGGAAAUGAACUGUGCCUUAUGACUUCACAUUUGGAGAGCACCAGAGAGCAUGCCAAGGAACGAAUGAAUCAGUUAAAACUGGUGUUAAAGAAAAUGCAAGAGGCUCCAGAGUCAGCUACAGUUAUAUUUGCAGGAGAUACAAAUUUAAGGGAUCAAGAAGUUACUAAAUGUGGUGGUUUACCCAGCAACAUUUUAGAUGUCUGGGAGUUUUUGGGGAAACCUAAGCAUUGCCAGUAUACAUGGGACACACAGAUGAACUCUAACCUUGGAAUACCUGCUACUUGUAAGCUUCGUUUUGAUCGAAUAUUUUUCAGAUCAGCAGCAGAAGAGGGCCAUAUUAUUCCUCGAAGUUUGGACCUGCUUGGGUUGGAAAAACUGGACUGUGGCAGAUUUCCUAGUGAUCACUGGGGUCUACUGUGUAAUUUAGAUGUCAUAUUGUGAAAUACUUUUCAAAUGUGAAUCUUAAAUGUGAAUCUUGAAUCAUUUUGUUCUGGAUUUUUUGCAGACAUCUACUUUAUGUACUUAUCUGGAAAGGUUAAUUUAAUAUAGAGAAAUUAAUACUGUAUAAUGUAUCAUUGCUAUAGGAAAGCACAGUUAAAGUUUUAUGUUGUGGGUUGUGUUUUCAGAAUUUAGAAUCCUUUUUUUUUUCUAAUUUUAAAAAAUCUUUCUGAAAUAAGGUCUUGCUAAGUUAUUAAAUUGUCCAGCCUAGGCUCAAACUUACGAUCCUGCUGCCCUAGCCUUACACAGUACUGGGAUCACAGGCAUGUACCACCAGGCCCAAUGUGUAUUUUAAACGAAGGCAUAUGUGUGUUCAGAAUAUGAAACCCUUUUGAGCCUAAGCUACCAGCUAGAUUUCAACUACGGCCUAUAUCAUCUGUAGACUAACAUUUAAAGCAUUUCUUUUUUCAGUGAGGCACCACAAAAGGUAAUAUUUAAAUGUCAUUAUUUACUGAAGUUACUGAGUUCUUGGAACCAAGUUACAAUUGUAUUUAAAAAUUCAGAUAAAUGAAAAAGCCAUGAUCAUUUUCAAUUAAGUAGAUGAUAGCAAUUCUACAUCAGAUUUAAUUUUUUUAUCAGCUGCCAACCCUACAUAAUCAGGAAGCAACAAAUGAAGCCUUAUGAUUUAAAAUUUCUUCACACUUUUCUGGUUAAUGGGUAGCCCUGUCAUCAAAGGUAGACUUACCAUGAUUAAAAUCAAUUUUAUAGGAAUGGAACUUUUUUUUUCUAAGAGAAAAAAUAAAUGCAUUAGAAUAAAUAGCCUUUUAGUUUUGCUACUUGUCUCCUGUCCAAGUACUUAACAAGGCCUGACCCUAGUUUUGCUACUUGUAAAAUGAAAAUAUUUUACAGGGUGUGAAUAAAGAGUCCAUUUUUCAUUCCUUUUUUCUUUUUGUGGUUCUGGAUAUGGAAACCAGGGUUUUCACACAUGCUGGGCAAGUGCUCUUCACUUGUUUUAUAAUCCUACCUCUAAAGAGUACUUUUAAAUGUGCUCUAAAGAAAAAAUUUCUCCACAAAAGAAAUGUACUGAAAUAAAGAAUUUUUAGGUCGGG